AUGCCGGCCUCUACCACCGACUCGGAGCCGAUCCAGGCUUCGGGGUCGACGACCCUACCAUCGUUUUAUUCUCCUCGUCGCACGGCUGUUGAGGAGCAGGGAGAUGUGAAGGACGCCGAUUUCUCUGUGCUGACCGCCAGCACGAACGGGACCUUGGCCCCAGCCAACGGCGACAACACGCAGGAUGGCUCAUCAUCAUCAUCAUCAUCAUCAUCAUCAUCAUCAUCGUCAUCAGCAUCAGCAUCGGCAUCAGCAUCAUCAGCGUCGAGUUCAGCAGAGCAACUGACACAACCCCCUCCCUCCCUCAUCUCCCCUCAAUUCACACCCCCUUCAACACCGGGUACAUCGACCCCCCUCCCAAUCUCAGUCCCCAGAGGCGUCCCCGUCGACAGUUCUCUCCCUGACAACACCGGCGGCUGCGGCUCGUCACACCCCCGCCUGCUCGACCCCCUGCCGGAAGUCGAAUGCGUCGUCCGCGCACGCAUCCCAACCACCACAGGCGCAGAAAUGUUCCUUCAUCUUUAUACGAAUAAUGUGGAUAACAAGGAGCAUCUCGCCAUCGUCUUCGGGCAUAAUAUUCGCAGUAAGAGUUUGGAUGCACCACGGCCGGGCGAGACAGAGAUGGAUCGGCUGAUUCGGGGUGCGUAUACGGGACGGUUGUAUCCGGGUCGGACGACGAGCGGAUUGGGUCCCGGGGAGGAGAGCACACAAAAGGAGGAUGGACCGAAAGAGGAGUACGGACCCCCGCUGGUGAGGAUACAUUCUGAGUGCUACACCGGCGAAACCGUCUGGUCUGCACGCUGCGACUGCGGCGAGCAGCUCGACGAGGCCGCGCGUCUCAUGUCUCACCCAGACAACAAAGCCGGUGGGAUCAUCAUCUACCUGCGGCAAGAAGGCCGCGGGAUUGGGCUGGGCGAGAAGCUCAAGGCGUAUAAUUUGCAGGAUUUGGGCAAUGACACUGUCGAGGCGAACCUCUUGCUCAGACACCCCGCCGACGCGAGGAGCUAUGGGCUGGCGACUGCCAUGUUGCUGGACCUGGGGCAGAAGGAGAUCCGGUUGUUGACGAAUAACCCAGAUAAGAUUCGCGCUGUGGAGGGGCCAAAUCGGGAGAUUGUGGUCAGGGAGAGGGUGCCCAUGAUUCCGUUGAGUUGGAAAGGGAAGGGAGGGUUUAGGGCACCGGAGGUGGAGGGGUAUUUGAAGACUAAGAUCGAGAAGAUGGGCCACAUGUUAGACCUGGGCAGCUUGCCGCGUUAA